AUGAGUGAACAAAACAAUGAAACCAAUGGCACCCCAGGAUCAAACACAUCAACACCAACACCAAUAGACACAACCAAGAGAUCUUUAUCAAAUGAAUCAAAUACACCCAAACCAAAAAGAAAAAGAAAAACAUUUAGUUGUACAACAUGUAGAAAAUUAAAAACAAGAUGUGAUUUUAAUAAAUUUGAAAAAAAAUGUUAUAGGUGUAAUAUAUUAAAAUUAGAAUGUUCAUUAACUGGAGAGGGAUCUAUUAAUCAACUUGAUCAAGAUAAAGAUUCAAUUGAAUUGAAAAAUGAGAAUUCUGAAUUGAAUGAUGUUAAUAAAAAAUUAAAUUUAAUUAUGGAUCAUUUAAAUAUACAAACUCCAACAUCUAACCCAAAACCAAAACCAUCAAAAACACAUAAAUCAAUUGAAAUAUCACCAUUCAAACUAAUCUCUCAAAUUUCUAAACCCUUAACAACAACAACCCAACCCUCAACAAACUCCUUCCAUUCAAAAUCAUUAGAAAUUUUAAAUAAAAUUUAUAAACCAAACCAAGAAAUAUGUCUAUCAUUAUCAAACAAUUUCCUUACAAAAGCUCAUUAUUGGAUAAUACCAGGUGGAUUAACCCAAAUAGAUCAUAAUUAUACCCAACAAAACCCAUUCAUAACCCUAGUAUUCAUAUUAAUUUCACUAAGUUUUGAUCAUAAAGAAAUUUUCAUCCCAAAUGAAGAUUAUUUCCAAUCUUUAGUUUUCCAAAGUGUUAAAGAUCUUAUUGGAUUAAGUAUGUUAUAUAAUGAUGAUUUAACUGAUCAUGAUUUAGAAGGAAUGGUUUAUUUAUGUAGUUAUCAAGUUGUAAGGACAAAGAGUAUGCAGAGUGGUGAGGAACAAAAACAAUGGGAUUAUUGGAUCCUAAGUGGUCAUGUAUUAAAAUUAAUUAUGAAACAUUUUAAAUUUAAUAAAAUUAAAGAAAGGAUUGAUAUUGGAGAAUAUUUAGAUUUAGAUUUAUUUCAUUUAAGAAUUUGGAAUGCAUUAUGUUGUUGUCAUUUUGGGAUAUGUUUAGGGUUUGGAAUGGAUUUAUUGAUUAAUGAUGAAUUUUUGAAGUAUUGUGAAUUGAUAUUAAAAUUUCCUGAGGUUAAAUUAGAAGAUGAAAUUAAAUUUAUUGAAUUAGGUUUUUUACAAAAAUGUUUUGGGUUGAUUAAUGAUGAAGAAUAUUUAAUUCAAUUGGGUCAAGAUAUAAAAGAUGAUUUAGAGAUCAUAGAAUUUAAAUCAUGGAAAUUAUCAAACCAAAAGAUAAUUGAUGAAGAUUUUUCACAAAUUUUAAAAUUUUGUUAUGAUUAUUUUCAUAUAUGUUUUUUAGAAAAAUUACAAUCAAUAUAUCCCAAACAAGAUUAUACAACAAGGAUUAAAACAUAUUUAUUUGAAUUGAUUGAUAAAUUUAUUAAAUUAGAUCAUAUCUUGAUUAAAGGAUCACCUAACUAUUUAAUGAAUCAAUUAAUUUAUACAUGUUUUAAAAUGAUGGAAUUAAUGAAUAAAUUAACCCCAGAUGAACAAAAAUUAUGUAAUAAUAAUAUAACAAAGAUAUAUUGGAGAUUAAAUCAAAUUGGAGAAGAUCAAAAUAGAUGUACAAUGGAUGUUGGUAAAAUUAUUAAGGAAAUAUUAGAAAAGACAAAUCAUGAUAAUAAUGAACAUUUACAUAAUCCAUUACAUGAUGAAGUUAAUCAUGAAUAUAGUAAUGAUGGUUUUAGGUUAAGUGAUGAACGUGGAUUAAAUAAUGAUGGUAUUCCUAAUGUGGAAAUGUAUUCAUCGUUUGAAGAUUUUUUUAAAGAAUUGUUUAAAUGA